AUGGGCUGGGCAAAUGACCUCAAAAAGUCGAAAUGGAAAGACUUACCCAUUCGACAAAGAGCAUAUGUGAACUUUUUGGCUCAACAAGUGCGAGGGAAAUACAAGCCUUUGCUCCAAUGGCUUAAAUUGGUCCUACAGGAAAUGGUUGCUUACGAUAUAGAUCUCACAAGAAUGAGUUAUGCAGAAGGCAUCGACACAAUUUUGGAAAUGAAGAGCAUCAGGGACAUCCAUGACAAUAUGGAACUCGAAGGGGAUGCAAACGUAAAGGCCGACAGCCUCCUCGAGGGUGUGUUUCGUGAGCUAAAUGAUCUAGCAUUGGGCCGGGAAACUGUACUCGACAGCAAUCUGGGUUCAUUUAUCAACUUGACCGAUCAGGUCAUCCGCGAAGGCGACUAUUUGCAAUCUGCAAAUGAACUCUAUCGUUUUAUUUGUCAGGGUGAUGGGAACGUCCUGCUAUAUGGACCAGGAAUGUGUGAUCUGGGCAUCAUAUACUGA